AGUUGAUAACUCUUGGCAACGCUGGCUCGCGUGCAUUGAAAAAGUACAGCGACUCGAUCGGGCUCGGCGAAACAAAAUUUAGUCGUGUUUUUCGCUUAAUUUUCCACAAAAACCGGUGAAAAUCCGUAGAAUCGGUCGGUGCGCGUGUGAUAGCGGUGAAAAGUGCCCAAUAAAAGUGGAAUUCGUCAGUGAAAAGUGAGCGGAAAAGUUUUCGCGUUCGCCUCUUGGACGACGAAGAAGAGGAGCUGCUGCUGCUGCCUGGACAUCUUUCUCUUGGUUGGGAUUUGCUGCUGCUGAGCGGUGGUGUGUUAAGUUUACGCGAAGUGGUAGUAGUGGUGGUGGUGGAAGGAAUCGGUGACGGAGGAGAAGGCGGCAGAAUCAACGCACUCUUGUGUGUUACGGACAACGGGCGUCGAAAGUGGAAAAGGGACGAACCGGCCACCGGGAGUGAGUGAGAUAGCCACGCGGCGGCGGCUUUACAACAACGCGAAGAGAAGAGCCAACAGGGGAACGAGCAUAAAGAGUGUUGUAUCGGAGCGUUGAAGCGGAGGAAAAAUGGAUGCGGAAUCAAAUCUGGCGGAGGUCGCCGUCGCCUCCAACAAUGGUUCAACCUCCGGUGAACCACAGGAUCCCACCGUUCUGAAGGAGAAGCUGGCGGACGAGUUGAAUUCGGCCGCUUCCCUCAAAGGAGGCGGGGAUGGACCAGCACUGGAUGUUCCGCUGGAGAAGGACGACCUCCUAGAGCGGUUGGACAAAAUCGAUACCGAUUCCACCGAAUCAGUGACCAAACCUUCCGCUGACGGUACCGCUGCAUCCACGAACGAUGGCGACUCGGAGAACGAUGACCUCAUCCAGAGGUUGGAAGCCAUGGAGAAGGGCGAGGAAGAAUCCCCUACCCAGGAGAAAAAGGACGAAGUUGCUGCAGCUGCUACUCCUGUCACCGCAACCGCUGAAACUAACCAUCAGAAUGGUUUGGAGAAAGAGAACGAGGCGGAGCUUCUGCAGGAAGAUGAUACAACCGAUAAAAAGGAGGAAAAGAUGGAAGUCGAUGGCAGCGAGGACAAGAAAGAGGAAGUUUCUUCGUCCGAGCCAACGUCCAAUGGUGCUCCGAGUCUUGAAGCCACCGAAUCACCUACCAGCUCGGCAAAACGUCGCCAUUCACAGGAUGAGGAAACUACUGAACCAUCCACAAAGAAGGCGCAUGUCGAUGAGGAAGUAGAUUCAGCUGAAAAGGUGGAAGCUAGCGAUGUAAAAUCAGAAGAGAAGACAGUGGAAGCGGAGGUUGCGGAAACAUCUAAGGUUAACGAAGCUGACAAAGAAACAGUUGAAAAGUUGGAGGAAGCUGCAAAGAGUGAAGAAGCUCCUGUAGCCGAAUCAACUGUGGCCGAAGAAGAGACGAAGGCAAAGAAAGCUGAACAGGACACCUCGGACAACGCUGCUUCAUCCGUAGAUCUGGCUAAAGAAGAUGAGAAAACCGUUGAAGAAGCUCCAAAAGCGGAGGAAAACGUGAAGGAGACUGAAGAACCUAUGGAAACAAGUGAAGUUGCGGAGCAACCAGCAAAACAAGAAAAUGCUGUGGUCGCUGAGAAAAAAGAAGAUGAAGUUGAUUCGACUCCUGUAGCCGAAUCUUCCGACGCGAUUACCGAGCCAGAAAAACAAGCGGAAACUGAAACAAAGGACGAUUCGGAACCAGUUGGUGAGGAUAAAAAACAGGUCGAAGAAGAAGCAAAACCCCAGGAACCAGUUGAAGAUGUAGCGGAGGAAAAACCAUCAGAGGAAACUAAGGUCGAAGAACCAGACACUGUGGUUGCAGAAAAGCUACCAGAAAAGGUUGAAGACGUAAAAGAAACGGAAGCCGCCGUUAAAUCAACCGAAGAACCAAGCACGUCGGAAUCAGUUGAGGAAGCUCCCAAACAAUCGGAAGAAAAGAAAGAAGAAGCAGAAUCUCUACCAGAGCAGACGGUAAAGGAAGCUGAAUCCGAGUCUGAGGCACUUCCCGAUACGGAACCAAACACCGAGUCAUCCCAGGAGGAACAACCGACAAGUUCUUCGCCUGCCGUUGUAGAAGAAAAACCCGACGAAGCCAUCAGCUCUUCCUCCGAGCAGAAAGAAGAACAAGCGCUUCCUUCUUCCACUGAAGUUGAUUCUGCUGUUUCUGCUGCUGCCGAGCAGCCAGCUGAGAAGCCAAGCGAGGCUGAGACUGUUACUAGCUCAGACGAGAAGCCCUCAACUGAGCCGAGCGUAGUGCAGGAGGUUGAUUCAACACCGGAAGUUGCUGCUACUGCUGCUGACGCUUCCGAACCUGCUAAAGAUGAGGAACCCAUGGAAGUUGAUAGUGAACCCGUCGUGGAGGAAUCGUCCAAGGUCGAUGCUGCGGAGCCACCUUGCACUAAAAAAGAAGCUUAUCAAUGCACUGAUGAAACUGCAGAGCAAACUCCAGAAGCUAAACCGCAAGAACCAACAACUGCCGAGGCACCUUCCGAGUCGACUUCUGAGCCAGUUCCGGUAAAAGAACCCGCCCAGAAAGAAGCCGAUCAGGAAGAUGAAAAGAUGGAAGUCGACUCUGCAGCUCCGAGCCAGAGUAAACCUGAUCCGGAUGUCACCGAAAGCAUGAACACCACCAGCGAAGAGAUGAUUGAAUCCCUGGCGAAGGAUGACACUGCCACGGUCGCGGACAGCCAGAGCGAAACCGCAGCCACUGUUUCCGAGCACAACAAAAAUCUGGAUGCCGGAGAAGCUUCCACCGAUGAGUCCAAGGUGGAUGCUUCCAAAACCCUAGACGACAGUAUCGAAUGUUCCUUGCCAACUUCCAGUUCGGAUAAAAUGGCCGAUCGGUUAAAGCAGCGGCUGGAUCUCAUUUCCAACGGAAGCAGUACCCCGAAUGCGGCCGUCAGCUCCAGCAAUGUUUACAAUUCCACUCCCAUUCAGAAACAGUUCGAAAUCAGCUCGGAGAACGUCAGCAAAAUCUCCCACUCGGACAGCCAUCAGGCAGACGAGGAGCACAGUGCGAUCACAGUGGGUGAUCAAUCGCUUACCGACGAAAAGGAGGCUGCAGUGGCUUCCACUUCGGGACUUUCGAAACCUCCGGCGGAAGCAGUGAAACAACAGGUGACCGAUACGAGUGACGACACAAGCAUCACCGUUAAGGAAAGUAGCAGCAGUGUCAAAACGACGGAAUCGUCUGAGGUAGACUCCUGCACAGCAUCUUCUGCUCUCAACACGGCCGAUGAGAUCAACUUGUAUGCUGCCAAUGCUCGAAAGUUCAACGGUAUUUCUUCAACUUCCGGUUCCGAAUUAGAGGACAAAUCCACCGUCACUCCAACAAAUGUUUCCACAACAGACACACCUUCCACGGUAGUCAACAAGUUGGAUCUCGUCCCUGCCCUCACCUCGGAAGAGACCACCUACGAGGUCAGUGUAUGGUUCGAUGGAACCGAACUGCAAUUCCUGUCCAUUGAAAAGAUGGAAAACAAAGCGGCAGCAGCAAGCGCGUCGGCGGGAUCCACCCAAGACCUCACCGGAAUUGAUUCCUCCAAACAGUCCUCCAAUGGCAGCGUCGGUAGUUUGGGACCUUUCUCGCUUCCUCCUGCACGCCCCACAGCCGAUUCGGCCCUGUCGCAUUCCACCGCCACCGAAACAUCUUCCGGAACCAGUCAACUGAAGGCCUCACUACCUAAAAUGAAACACACUGUCCGGGGCGCAAAGGCAUUGGCCACUCUCAUGAUCGAAGAGUUCACCAAGAUCCAGAAAGCGCUUAGUAAGGAUGACGAUGUUUCCGAUACCGAACCUGCGACACCGAUGAAGACGCCCAAGGGACGACCGCCAUCCAAGAAAGCCACCACAGCUACGCCUGCUUCGGCACGAGGUCAGAAGCGAUCACGCACCGAUUCGGAAACCACAGAGGAGGAACCAUCAAAGUCGAAACAACCGGCCAAACAGGCAAAGAAAGGAGCAAAGGCAGAACCCGAAGCACCUGAAACUACCGAACCCGCCGCCAAGAAGGAAGAUGAACAGUGCUGUCUUGCUCGGUGGUCCGAUCGGAAGUACUAUGCUGGAAAGGUUGCCGGCUUCAAGGGCGAUAACAAGUACAUGAUCGUGUUCGAAGACGGUGCUUCCAAGGCGCUCGCCAAGGAUGUUAUUGUGUUUGGCGAAAAGGACACCUUGCCAAUCAUGGGUCAUUCGGUCCAUGCUCUGACCGGUGGAGAUACCUACGAACCGGGCAUAGUGGAGGAAAUCAAACGGAACGAUUCGAACGAAGUGGUGUACAGCGUAAAGAUCGACACCGGUGUCGUCGAGGUGACGGCCUCCGACAUGUAUCUGACCGAGGAACAAGCCAAGCACAUCAACAAGGCAUGCAAAGCGGCCGAGGCAGCAACCGACGAGAACGCCUCGAUGCAGUCGCCUCAGACGAGCGGCAGGCGGGGCGGCGCCAACACACCGAUUAUGCAAACUCCGGAAGAAGCAGCGGCGACCAGCGCCGAAAAAGGUUCCCGAUCGUCGCGCAGACGGGGUGCGGACAAACCGCAAACGCCGGUCACGCCGGAGGCUGGUUACUCGGGCGGUGUUGCCGGCAAAAAGACGGGACGUCGGGGUCGAAGGCUUUCGUAAACCCAUUUCGACGCAAAUCCUGCGUUUUAGAAACCAGAACAAGUAGUUGACAACUGCUAAAAAUACUACUACAAUAUGCAGAUAUAAUUAGUAACAACAAACAACAACAGUACACUUUAUAGUCAAUAGGGCAAAAAUAACUUUUAGCUAUAUUCCAAUCAUAAUCAGAGAGCCGAGAGGUGAAGAAAAAGAGAAUCUGUUGACAAACAAACAAGAAUCGAUGAUGUUUUAAAACACAACCCGCCAGAGAGUCACCGCAACUAAUCGAAUAUCUAGUAUUAUCGAAUCAACGUAUAAUCCCAAAAUGAGAGCAUUCAAAAUUCUAGUAAUGGAAAGUAUAUCUAUCCACGGUAGCCGAAGCAUUCAAGUAAAAAAAAAAUCCAAAAGAAAUGCACGUUGCGAAUAUCCGGACAUUCUAUGUGACCGCGCGCGUAAGGCUUCACCUUUAUGUCGAAAGUUUUGUGUUCUCUGUAGCAAACUCACCUCCACUCCAUGCAUUUUCUUUGACUGCAUUUACAGUGACAGUGGCACUGGUUAGAAAAGCGCGUAAUGAAUUUGGUCGAAAUUUUUGGCAUUCCUUCAAAUCAACAAAUUAUCACUGCAUUACCAACAUCUAGGAAACCCCCGACUUAUCGAGAUAGUUUCUUGCUAACUAUGUUUUUUAUCGGAUAGAGUUUAGUUUUAUUCAAAUUAUGAAUAGUUUCUUUCGGGCUGCUAGGAAGAGAGAAAUGUGCUCGUAUUUAUCUACGGCGGACAGCGCAAACUACUACCGUCUGUGCUAAAUGUGUACCAUGUGUAGCGCUAGGUGUGACGACAGGUAAAAGAGAGUAUUAGAUUUUAGAAAUCUAGAUUUUUUGUAAGAACAAAACAGUGCUUACUACAUCUAACAGUCUGUGUUUUUAAGAAUAAACAGAACAAUGCGCAAACGGUUGGGUUGUACGAAUUUUAAAACCAUUUUCAUUUCUUCCCCCAAUAAUGCCAACGUAUACAUUUUUUGGACGCUUGUGGUGAUUGUGCUGUACAAAUGUUAGGAAGAUCUGGUAAACUCCAAAAUUGUCGCACAAUUGUCUAUGUGUGCAUCGGUCGGACUGCGUCGAACAUACUUUAACACCAACAUGAAUCGUCGAUUUCAGUGAUUUCGGGUAAAGGUUGUCGAAGUUUAGUAACAGUUUACAAAUGUCGGCAAAGCCUUACUGAUCUCCCAAUAAUCGAAGAUUUAUUCCUGGUGUGUCCCCUUUGUCAAAACAGCAAAUUCAACACAAUCUCUCUAUCGUAAGAUGCAAUUAAAUCGUGUAAUAGCAUUUAAGAGAAUAAACAUAAACCAAUUAAGUCACUCGUUUAGGCAGAAGAUCAACAGGAGAAAAGUGACCGCACAGAUCCACUCCAACGCCGAAUUGUAAUUACGCUAAACAGAGGGUUUAUGUCAGAAAACUACGAAUCCGCUAUAAAUGUUCUCAAACCGGUGUGUGUUCUAUAGCGACAAUUGAUUGUACCGAAAUACUGGCUGGCACCGUAACAACCUAAUCGUAUUAUUGUUCUCUAAAAAAAGUACACUUAGAAAGAAAACAAUUGGCACUAUCUCUCUAUAGAAACAUGCUAAAAUGUGUCGUCUGGGUUGAUCUAUUUUGACGACCGCUCGGUAUUUUAGGAAAUGAUAAGGAAGAAAUGGAACAAAAAUCUCAUUCAGCUGGUAGCACCAGUAUCAAACACACACAAACCUAUAUAGAAGGGGAAUACAAGAAACAAAAGAAAAACAGAAUAUUCAGUAACAGACAACCUGCAGACAAGAUGGUAAUAUGUGCUCGAAUGUAGCACCAUCAGAAGAAAGGGAAUAAACCUAUACUGGAAAUAGUAAUUUUAAAAAUUGAAGGAUACAAAAAUAAAAUCGUAAUUAUUCUUAACAAAUCACAA